AUUCGGAGUCCUUUUCAUCUUACGGCUAUCCUGCUCCACAGCUCCACACGUUCUGUUCGCUUUACUGGAGUAGGUGGAACAUAUUAAUACCCGCACCACAGUCAGAGUCCCUGGUCGAGCACUUCACUGAUUCUAGGAUCAGUGCGCAGCUAGGAAGAGCAAUAUAUCUGUCGGUAAUUGCAGCCGACUGCCCUGUGACGUGAAGCAGGCUGCUAAUACAUAUGGAGCACGAUGAAAGACAGACUCCGUCCCCCCCCAUCAUUUGCGCCUCACGAUCCGCUAUUCGCCUCUGACGACAUCAGCGAGGAAAACCAUUUUGUGAACUCUACACCCUCGUCUCUUUUCCAACCUGAUUCAAGCACCACCCAGCUGGUGCUGGACCGUUAUCCAUCACAAGAAUCAUUUGCAGACCGUUCCCAGGUUAAUUUGAUGAUCAACUACGAAACAAAUAUUGAUAGGUCACCACAAUGCAGCAGACAGGAAAGCGGUUCACAUCCAUCUCAAGCCAGCAUUACGCAGACAGGGACUCAGAAGCCAUCUGUCCACUAUCAUGAGGAUGUAAUUUCACCAUCCGCUACUGGAAGUUACUUCGGAUUUCCUAAAUCAGACUCGCGUCAGUCUUCGGACGAUGAAGAUGAGGAAGACGAGUUCGAUUGGAGCGGCGACGAGGAUCUCAACAAUGAAGAAGCCGAGUUCGAAAAGAAAAUGGGUGUAAAAAUCAAGUCUCGCGGCUGGGGCAUUAUUAGGCUAGUUACUCUGCUCUUCUCCUCACUCGUCGGGUCCACCUUCCUUGCGGCAGUCCUAACAACUCCCGCACUCCUUAUCCAUUUCUUUUGGUACAAGCCACACCCAACGGACUACAGGCAUUUUGUCGACAUCAAUGUCGAGGCUUGGCUCUUCUGGGCAGCAGCUAAUGUCGUCAUUUCUUGGGGUCUCGCAAUGAUCAUCGACAUUAUACCUGCCAUCAUACUUGUGGUGAUUGCAGUCACAUGGGGCCAUGUCUCAGAGAGCGUUAGGACGAAGCUCGAGUUGUAUGCCUCGACCAAAGAUACUAUCAAACCUCUCUUCUAUGCAGCGGGUGCCUGGCUCAGUUGGAUCAUUCUCUUCCAGAAUAUCUUCAAGUUGAAUGACUCGUCUAAUGCUCAGAAUUAUGCACCCUACACGGACCGUGUCGCUCAAGUAAUCGAAUUCCUGUUCUUUUUUACCCUGGUGGUAUGCAUUCAAAGGAUGCUCUCCCAUGCUAUUGCGUUUGCAUUCCAUAGGACUGCGUAUAAGGAACGUCUGGACGAAGUCAAGAAAGCCCUUCGAGUGAUAGAAACCCUUCGUAACUACAAGCCAAAAUCAUCGGCCCGUCACAAGUCCAAUAACUCCCAUCCGAGGCUUGCGACCUUCACUGGGCUUAAUCCGUUCAGCGACAAAGAGCACUACAGGCUACGCUCGGAGAGCUCCGCACCAAGUGAAGGUGACGAAGCGGAUGUGGAGGACGGAGCAAAACUGAAGAACAAGGGAAAGGGGAAAUAUAAGCAGCGCAAGUCGACCAUCAUUGAAGCCUCAGAAGAUCUCGAGUCUUCAACUGAACAAGUUGCUUCCAUCGCCACAACACCAGCUACUCAGCCCUCAGUUGACAACCUUACGACUCACAAAUAUCCUCCUACCCCUUCCGGCCCGCGUUCUGUUGACCCACACACCGAAGAUCCUACUAUUGUCGUCCAAGCAGCGAAGGCGCUUAAGACUGCUGUACUACACGAUGCCCGGAAUGUCAAGGGCGCCACUGAUGAGCUUGAAGCGUUAGUCCUCAGCAUGAGCUCAACACACGAAGCAAAGCGUCUUGCCAGGGCGAUAUACAGGACUUUCAGAGACCGCCGGCCUAAAGAUGCUUUCCGGGUUUUCGAUGUAGACGACAAUGGUGAUAUAUCGCGGUCUGAGAUCAAGUCAUCGCUGCUUCGUGUGUACAAGGAACGUCGGUUCCUGUGGCGUAGUAUGCAUGAUGUUGGCGCUGCGCUCAAGACUCUCGAUCAAAUUUUAUUACUCUUUGCUCUCGGCAUCUUGUUCCUCGUCUCUUUAAGCAUUUUCGGCGUCAAUGUGACGCAGUCCCUGACGAGUGCAUAUUCCCUCGGUCUCGCAGCUAGUUUCGUCUUCAAGAACUCUGCGAGCAAUGUCUUCGAUGCAAUCAUGUUCUUGUUUGUAACUCAUCCCUUUGAUACUGGUGAUCGAUGCUUCAUCGAUAACGAGAACCUAGUUGUGAAGAGGAUGGAUUUGUUUGCGACAGUCUUUGCUCGAUCAGACGGUACCGAAACAUAUUAUUUCAACAGUCAGCUAUUCACGAAGUUUAUCACGAACGUCCGCCGUAGUGAUAAAAUGGCGGAGUCUUGUACCAUCCAAGUUGCUUGGCGUACGCCACAAGAAAAGCUAGACGCGCUUGAGGCAAAACUGAAUACGUGGCUUUCUACUGAGGAGAACAGGUGGUUCCAGCCGACUACGUCGGUUGUAUUGCAAAACAUUAGUUACCAACGCUAUCUUGAGUGUACUAUUGGUAUCUCGCACAACUCAGACUGGGGCCUCCGGAAUACGCGCAGAACCGCAUUCCACGCAGCAGUUCAAUAUUACUGCAGGGAGCUAGGGAUCACCGCAUAUGAGGCACCUAUGCCUAUCGCAUAUGCAGAUGCUAACGCGCGACAAUACAAUGUUCCUCAAGAAGCAGUACUACCCAAUAUCUUUUCAGGUGUUCAGUCUCCUGACAACCAACAUUCCCCUGAUAGAAGUCAAAAGAGCUUCCUUGGUUUCACACCUCCGCGGGAUCAAGGUACUCGUUUGACACGUGCACACACUCGUGUGCGCAAAGGCAAGAGUCGCAAAGCAGCUGUGCGGGGAGUGGGUGCAGACGGUGGUGGAAAUGGUUGAACCUUAUCUUUUCUAAUUCUCGACCGCAUACAUAAGGUGGUUUGUUUGGAUACUUCGUUGAGCGUAUCCCCGACUCGUAGAACGACUGUUAAGUCCAAGGGGUGUCUGUGUUGAUGGUGUAAUUGAGAUCUAGAAAGUUUCCUCCUGUCUCAUGACUUUCACGCUGAUACAAUGAUGUUGUCUAUUGUCAACAGUCGUCCUUACUCUUACAAGAUGGUGCAAGUUCGAUACUUUCCAGUAGGAGUCACUCAAUGGUUUAUCUUCACUGAUCUUAGUAAAUUGGUUACGACAGAUUAGAAAUCUAUUCCUUGUGUGGUGCAGACUCGAAA